AUGGCACCGCCGCGCGGGGAGCUGCCGGCCUCGGCGGGCGACGGCCUCCUCGGAGCCCGGGGCAUUCGCGGCGCAGCCUCUCCCCGGAGCCCGCCCACCCCGGCUCCCGCUCACAUCGAGGGUCGCUUCUCGUCGCGCAAGAAGCGGCUACCGGGAGAGCACAACCCCCCCUCCGGAGCCCAGGUUCCCGCGAAGCACCGGAGGCGGCUCCGUUCCUCCUCAGCGCCUCGGUGCAGCUCCCUCCUUGCGCCGAUCGCAGCCACGCAGCUCCGGAGGCGAGGAAGAGGAGCCGGCGCUGCUGCCGCCGCUGCUCCCCGCGUGCUCCCGCCGCAGGGACUCGCCGGACCCGGCCACGCCUCCGCUUGCCAGCGCCGGCUGCGAGGAGGAGGGGCUGGCGGGGCCGGGGCUGGCGCGCGGGGACGGGCCACACCUACCUACAGCGCGCCCGAGGAGAAGGCAAACGGAUCGGUACUCUUCCCACGGCCGCUCUCUGAACGACCCUCUCGCCUUCUGCUCCUUUGCGCGAUGCUUUUGCAGCGGGGAUUUAAGGCUGUCGAUUCAGGACGAGGAAAAGCCCAGAAACGGGAUAAGAUCCAAACCUAAGAACAGCCGUCUUCUUUCUUCUUCUUUGGCGGUCACUCGUAGCCGAGUAAGAUUGUCUUCCAUAAACACGGUUUUAACAGCGAGUCCGUAAGUGACUGUGGAGGCCAAUUCUGGACCCACACGUCCUUCCACAAUGGGGACAUUGGUUUCCGGGCGGGAGCUGAUCACGGUUUGGAUUUGCCAAGCGUGCCUUCCUCGUAGCACGUUUCUCCCUUGCGUCCUGAGUGUCUUCAAGCCUAUGACACCUUUGGUAAAGGCUGUUCUUGAUCUGGUCCUCUUGAUUCCUUUUAGGAAGCAUAAGGCUGCUUCCUAAAAGGAUGCAAGAGGACCAGACCAAGACCUCAUCCUGUUCUCAGAGCCAGAUCACAGAAUCAUAGAAUUGGAAGGGCCUCGAGGGUCAUCUAGCCCAACCCUCUGCAAUCCAUGACAGAUGGCUAUCCAGUCUCCACUGAAAAACCUCCAAGGAAGGAGAAUCCACCACCUCUCAAGGGAGACCAUUCCACCUCUGGGAAACCUGGAAGGAGGACUUCCAUUGGUCUCUCAGUUUGUGAUGCCUAGCAUGCUGUCUCCAACAAAGGAGGUGGAACAGAGCCAUUGCGGUUAGUAGCUAUGGAUCACAUUCUCUGUGCCUUUGGUUAAUACCCUUUUAAAGGCAUCCAGAAUUGUUGCCGUCAUGAAUGACAUCUUGUGGAUAGCUCAGUUGGUUAGAGUUUGGUGCUGCUGAUAACACCAAGGCUGCAGUUUUGAUGCCCAUAUGGGAAAGGCGCAUAUUCCUGCCUUGGACUAGAUGAUCCUCAGGAUCUCUUCCAACUCUACAGCUCUAUGCUUCUAUGCCCUUGAGUCCCUUCCAACUCUAUGAUUCUAAUGUUGUGACCUUUUCCAACAGGGGGAGUUGCUGUGACUCCUUGACCAUUUUGGUUUCCCCUUUCUUACACUUUUCCAGCUCUGCAAUAUCCUUUUCAAGGUGAGGCAACCAGAACGAUACACAGUAUUCCAAGUCUGGUCUCACCCUAAGAACAUGAGAAGAGCCCUGCUUGGAUCAGGCCAACGGCCCAUCUAGGCAACACUGUGUUCUCAAAGUAGUCAACCAGAUGCAUAUGGGAAGUCCAAAAGCAACAGCUCAGUGCAACAGCUGUCUCCCACUUGUGAUUCCUAUCAACCGUCAAAUAAAUUUGCACAACACAUUACGGAUACUGGCAGUUUAUUAUAAACCCCUUUCCUAAUGAUUGCUGUCAUGAAAUUAACCUUUUCCACGGCUGCCACUCACAAGGUCAACAUCAGCAGUGAACUCUCCUAGUCAUUCAUGGCUUGUUCAUGUCCCAUUAGUGUAUAUAUUAAAUUAGAGUGGGUUUUGGUUUUUUUGCUCCAAUGUGCAUUAUUUUACAUUUGUUUACAUCGAUUCACAUUUGCCAUUUUACUACCAAUUCACUCAGUCUGGAGUUCUUUGCAAUCCCUUUCCGUUUUAACCACUUCGAACAGUUUUGUAUCAUCAACAAAUUGGCUACCUCACUAAUCACCUCUUAACUCUGAAUUAUUUCCGAACAAGUUAAAAAGCACAUGCCCAAAUGUCAAUCCUUGGGGGACACCACUUUCUACACCCACCCAUGGCCAGAACUGUUCAUUUAUACCUACUCUCCUCUUCCUAUUUCUUAACCAGGCCAUGGAGGGAAGGACCUAGCCUCUUCAUCCUGCUGCUGAACUCACUCAACUGCUGAACACACUUGUUACCUUGAUGCUUUGUCACUGGGACUGAGAGACUGCAUCAGCUGAGGCACCCCUCUUGCUCAUGGAAUGGACUCCUUCACUCAAUUGUUUUUAAGUUUAUAACCCUAGCUAGCUUUCUCCAGCUGCUAAGGCAACUAAUUAGAUCAGGAGGUUCUUGUUUGAAAAGCACAAGGAGGUGUGUGUAUCAACAACAGAGCUCACACAAAUUCCAGUCAGGAGGAGUUUGAUCAGAAGAGGUAAUGAGAUAAAAGAAAGUGCUUCUGUCAGUAUCUUUUUUUAGCCCUAUGCAGGUGUUCUGAUCAUGUGCAAAACUGAUACAUCAGCAGAGAUGUGCAUGCUAUUUUAGGAAACGAGGACAUUGCAUAAAUAUUACUAAUAAAAAAUACAGUUUGAAUGGGUAGAAUGGGUAGGAUAGCUCCAGCUACAUUUUGAAGUAAGUGAACUCAUGCUCACAUCACCAUCUAAAGAGCUGCCCCAAUUCCAUAAGACCAUUAAGUCCAGAGUCUAAAUUUACCUAACGGCAUCAUUGUAUCCACUAAAUAUCCUUUCACUUCUUAUGUGACAAUAAGGGGGGGCUGAAUAUGUUUGCAAACUGGUUCCUCCUACGGUAAUUAUUUUCCCAGUUCUUGUCACAUAAGGCCUGGGGAUAUGUGAGUUACUAAGGUGUCUGGAAGAACAAAGCUUACUCUGCAUUUCACUGAUAUAUCAAACUAAGUGGCAUCUAAUGAUUUUAAUCCAGUAGCAAAGUUACCAAAUGCUAUACAAGACUUAUCGAAAGCUAUACUAGAAUGGGACUGCGCUGCUUAACAUGCACUGUUGAAAAAGGUGCUAAUUUGAUUCAUUUGAAUCAAAGCCAAGAUGGUGUCAGUAUAAAUUUAGCUCCCAGCUAUUCUUGCUGAUAAAUAGCCCACUAUCGUCCACAUCCUUCUCCCACUCCCAAGCAAGGCUGCUAAGAGGUUGAAGGGUACCCCAGCACAAAAGGAUGCAGGUGGCACUGUGGUCUAAACCACUGAGCCUAUUGGGCUUGCCGAUUGGAAGGUCAGCUGUUCGACAACGGGGUGAUCUCCCAUUGCUCUGUCCCAGCUCCUGCCAACCUAGCAGUUCGAAAGCACACCAGUACAAGUAGAUAAAUAGGUAUCGCUGCGGCGGGAAGGUAAAUUGCAUUUCUGUGUGCUCUGGCUUCCAUCACAGUGUUCCGUUGCACCAGAAGUGGUUUAGUCAUGCUGGCCACAUGACCUGGAAGGAUGUUUGCGGACUAAUCCCAGCUCCCUCAGCCUGAAGCAAGAUGAGCACCGCACUCCAUAGUCGCCUUUGAGUGGACUUAACUGUCCAGGGGUCCUUUACCUUUACCUUUUUACCUUACUCCAGCACAAUCCACCAUGUGGUUAGACCAUACGUUCACCGUGUUUGGUAUCUCAGAAUGUGAGGGUUGAUAACUUUUAGAUCAAUAUUUUCCCUGCAGUUCCGUUUCUGUUGUUUUAUAAACCAUAAUAGAGCAAGCAGAUGGCUAGCUCUGAAAGAGGGGGAGGGGGAGCCACUCCUCCAUUUUUAAAUACAGCUGGUUAAAAACCACCAUGUCUUUGUGCGCAAGGGGGGGAAAAGAAAAAGUAAC